GAUCAGAACAGAGAGCACCGACUAUCCAGACGGAAGGGGCAGAUAGCGCCCAGGAUUGUUUGUUACCGUUUUAAUCCUAUUAAUUAAAACGUUAACCUGAUUGGGUGGAGAGCUCUCUCCCAAUAGGCGAAUCUUCUUCUUCAUAAUAACCUGCGUUGAGAUAAUGAUGUAAAAGACUCCCCCGUCUGUCGCUGAUGCUGUUGCUGAUCACACUCGAAAUCUCGUGAAGGUGAAUCGAAGCAAGAUAAACGCCAGUGCACGGCACUUUAGCGGGAGCUGCCGCCUCCACACUUCACUUGACAAGUAGAGAGAGCAUCAAGAUCAACUUAGAGAGCAGAAACUUCGCGACGCUUUCACCGAUAGUCUGGAAACGGCGGAGGUAGCAAGCUGACCCAGAAGGACUAUGGACAGGAGAAUGAGCUUGAACGGAGCAGGAGACAUUUUCCACAAAACUCUCAGCGCUGUGUCUAAUAAAAAAAUGGACUCGUUCAAAUCGGCUGCCAGUAUUGAUCUGCCCUCCCGGGACCGCCAAUCGCCGAUCAACUGUUUCGAUCAGACCGACGCAGAUCAAAUCCAGUCCGGGGGACUGGCCGUAGGUCGAGGAGGGCCACUCGGUUUGCCAAACGGAUCUUUGUGUGUGAAGUACGGAGAAAGUGGCAACAGGACUUCUGCAGCAGAGAGCAGCGGCGGGGAGCAGAGUCCAGAUGAUGACAGCGACGGCAGGUGUGACAUGGUUCUGAUGACGGACGCGAGGACGGCGGCAUCCGUGGGUAAAUCUGACGGAGGUAAGAAAAAUAAAGAGCAGAAAACGCUGAGGUUGAACAUCAACGCCCGGGAGAGAAGGAGGAUGCAUGAUUUGAACGAUGCACUCGAUGAACUGAGAGCGGUGAUUCCGUACGCUCACAGCCCCUCCGUAAGGAAACUCUCCAAAAUUGCCACUUUGCUACUAGCCAAAAAUUACAUCCUCAUGCAAGCACAGGCACUGGAAGAAAUGAGAAGGCUGGUUGCUUAUCUCAACCAAGGCCAGGCCAUAUCAGCUGCCUCUCUGCCAGCGACGACAGCUCUUACCCCGGGUUUAGGCCCCUACGAGCAACCGCCUGGGUACCCCUUCCCUGCCGGAGUUGCAGCCUCCUCCUGUCCCGACAAAUGUGCCCUUUUCAACAACGUCACCUCCAGCCUCUGCAAACAGUGCACUGAUAAGCCUUAAAUGCAUCAACGAUGAGUGAAACAGACUCGUAGGGAACAAAACGCAAACAAAAACUCUUUAUAUGAAUGAAGAAAAAAAGAAAUACACACUGAAGUCACCAUUGCAACAUCACUUUUAAAAAGGGACUUAAAUGGGAAAAGGGAUGCCGAAAAGAAACUUUUUGUAUCAUUCUCAAGAUUCACUCAAAGUGAGACCAUUUAAACACACAUUUUGUUCUAUUAUACUUGAUUGUGUAUAUAAAAGAAUCCUUAAAGUGCUGGUGAGAAUCGGAGUCAAAACCAAACAAAAGUGUAUGCCUGGUUGCAAGUGUUAGACCUUGUUUGAAAAUCGUAUAUCACUUGCUGUGAUGGACCCUGAGGAAUGACUUGUUUUAUUGACCUGACAA